AUGGAGGUCAUGUCAUCCAUAGCCGUGCUCCUACUCCUCUCCUGCUCGCUCACGGCGGCGACGGCGCCGGCCGGCACGAUUGAGCGCGUGUCCAAGCAGCAGAUCCUGGCGAGCAUCCCACCAGGAGGGCACGCCAGCCCGCCCGUGCUGUUCCUCACGUCUCCCUCUGGCAAGUACGCGGCCUACUUCGUGCGCACCCACACCGCGCCAGGCGCCGGCGGGCUUGGCGCCGACUUCUGCUACGUCGAGGUGAUGGCCGGUGGUGAGGGCGAAGGCGGUAGCGCUGCCCACGCGAGCGCGUGGGAGUCGGAGUGCCGGCCGGUGAGCACGGUCAACACGUGCACCCUGCUCUUCUCGUGGCACGGGCUGGAGGUGUUCGACGGGGCCGAGGAGGUGUGGCACGGCGAGACCAACACCGACGGGACCAACUUCCUCCAGACGCUCGAGAUCGUCGACGACGGCGACAUGCGCGUCCGCGACAAGGACGGCGAACUCGCGUGGCGCGCCAGCGACGAGCCCCGCCACGCGCAGCACUGCGGCGCGCCGGGGUCCCCGGGCCUCGCGGCCGCGCUGCCGCCCUUCGCCGAGCCCAUUGGCGCGCACAGCAGCAACCUGCCCUUCGGCCAGGUGGAGGGCGGCAACGGCCACGCGGCCGAGCUACCGCAGGCGGCGGAGCUCGGGGACGGGGUUGCUCCAGGGGCCGGAGCCUUUGCCGGCGUAGGAGGAGUUGCCCCGGGAGCAGGCGGCUUGGGCGACGGGUACGGCUACGGCAUUGCACCAACGGCGGGAGGCGGCGGAGGUGUUGCCGCGGGGACAGGAGGAGGACCCUUGGGUGACGGCUACGGGAUUGCACCGGGCGCCGGGACAGGAGCCUUCGAUGGUACCGGGGACAUGGGCGGACAGGGUGCAGCCGCGACGGCGGCGGGGGCUGCGGGCGGUGUGGCCGGAGCGGCAGCGUUCGGCAGCCAGCCGCUGGUGGACAACAGCCCCUACGACAGCGGAGCCUACAAGGGCAGCCGUGGGGCCCGUCUCGCGGCGAUUGGAACCGUGGUUUUCGUCGGUGCCAUUGCCGUGGGUUUCUGA